GAGGCGGGCGGGCGCGGGGAAAAUGGCGGCGGCGGCGAACGGGACUGGAGGGAGCAGCGGGAUGGAGGUGGAUGCAGCAGUAGUCCCCAGCGUGAUGGCCUCCGGCGUGACGGGGAGCGUCUCAGUCGCUCUUCAUCCCCUCGUCAUUCUCAACAUUUCAGACCAUUGGAUUCGUAUGCGCUCCCAGGAGGGGCGGCCUAUGCAGGUCAAACAGGUGUUCAAGGAGCUGGAGUUUCUGGGUUGGUAUACCACCGGGGGGCCGCCUGACCCCUCUGACAUCCACGUCCAUAAGCAGGUGUGCGAGAUAAUCGAGAGCCCUCUCUUUCUUAAGUUGAACCCUAUGACCAAACACACAGAUCUUCCCGUCAGUGUUUUUGAGUCUGUCAUCGAUAUAAUCAAUGGAGAGGCCACAAUGCUGUUUGCUGAGCUGACCUACACUCUGGCCACAGAGGAAGCUGAACGCAUCGGUGUAGACCACGUAGCCCGAAUGACAGCCACAGGCAGCGGGGAGAACUCCACUGUGGCUGAACACCUGAUAGCGCAACACAGUGCCAUCAAGAUGCUGCACAGCCGGGUCAAGCUCAUCUUGGAAUACGUCAAGGCCUCUGAAGCAGGGGAGGUCCCCUUUAAUCAUGAGAUCCUGCGGGAGGCCUAUGCUCUGUGUCACUGCCUUCCCGUGCUCAGCACGGACAAGUUCAAGACAGACUUCUACGAUCAAUGUAACGACGUGGGGCUCAUGGCCUACCUUGGCACCAUCACCAAAACGUGCAACACCAUGAACCAGUUUGUGAACAAGUUCAACGUCCUCUAUGAUCGACAAGGCAUCGGCAGGCGGAUGCGGGGGCUCUUCUUCUGAGGGUGCUUGAAGGGACGAUGCACAGGUUGGACAGUGGUCCCACAGGGGAGGGGUGUUACACUCCCUUUAGAGAAACCUCUGUCAAUAAUAAAAGGGGAG